GGGUAAUUGGCUCUCUUUCGUCCUUUCCCCACUUUUUCAGGCACUUGGGACUACCGCGGAUCUUCGUGGCCUGAUGCGGGCGCCCAGUCGUGGACCGUCCCAUCCUGCUCCUGUUCUGCGGCGGGUGCUCCCGCGCCCAGGCUGGUACCCGGGGACUGUGGUUUGCAGGGUCCACCAUGGAGCCAGAGCAGAUGCUGGAAGGACAGACGCAGGUUGCAGAAAAUCCUCACUCUGAGUACGGUCUGACGGACAAUGUCGAGAGGAUAGUAGAAAACGAGAAGGUGAAUGCAGAAAAGUCAUCAAAACAGAAGGUGGAUCUACAGUCUUUGCCAACUCGUGCCUACCUGGAUCAGACGGUUGUGCCUAUCUUAUUACAGGGACUUGCUGUGCUUGCAAAGGAAAGACCACCAAAUCCCAUUGAAUUUCUAGCAUCCUAUCUUUUAAAAAACAAGGCACAAUUUGAAGAUCGAAACUGACUCAUUGGGAAGAACAGAAAAAUUUGGUUGCUACUGUAGAUUCACAUGAUUAAGAGGCAGCUUUAAUUGCUGCCAUGAUUUUUCCCUUUUUUGGAAGUAUAAGAAUCUUCAGGACAACAGAACUUAUUUCCGGAGUUACAGAAGAGAGCAUAUUUCCAUUAUUUUGAUUUAAUCACAUACUUAUUUAAUGAGUGUAUUCUGUGCAAUUUUUUCUCAGAUUGUGUUUAACUUUGUUUUUAAAAUGACCUUCAAAAUAAACUGUCAUAAUGCCAUUA